AUGUCGCUGGCAUCAGGCCCGGGUCGCGCAGGCGCAGGCAACACGCCCGCCGAAAUGCAGCUUCAUGUCGACAGACACGUUCGCUACAUCCAGAGCCUCGACACGCGCAAAGACGAGCUCGAGUACUGGCUCACGGAGCACCUGCGUCUCAAUGGCCUGUACUGGGGACUGACGGCUCUGCACUUGCUGGGCCAGCCGGAUGCCCUCCCACGCAGUGAAAUCCUCGGAUUCGUGUGCUCCUGUCUGCACGAGAACGGUGGUUUCGGCGCUGCUCCGGGACACGACGCCCACAUGCUCUACACGGUCAGUGCAGUGCAGAUUCUAGCGACCCUGGAUGCUUUCGAAGAAUUCGAAGGCCGCGUCAAAGACGGGAAGCAGAAAGUGGGCAAGUUCGUUGCAGAUCUCCAAGACCCUGAGACAGGCACGUUCGCGGGGGAUGAGUGGGGAGAGCGAGACACGCGCUUCCUCUACGGUGCACUGAACGCCUUGUCUCUUUUGGGCCUUCUCGAUUCAGUCGACGUCGAAAAGGCGGUUCAGCACGUUCACUCCUGUGCCAACUUUGACGGUGGUUAUGGCACGAGCCCGGGCGCAGAAUCUCACUCAGGCCAAGUGUUUACGUGUGUGGGAGCACUGGCCAUCGCGGGGAGGCUUGAUCUAGUAGAUCAUGAAAAACUGGGAGCCUGGCUAAGCGAACGACAACUCAAGAACGGAGGCCUGAACGGAAGGCCAGAGAAGAAAGAAGACGUCUGCUACAGCUGGUGGGUGAUGAGCAGCAUGGCCAUGCUGAACAAGCUUCACUGGAUCGACGGCGAGAAAUUGACGCAGUUCAUCUUGCAGUGCCAGGAUCCUGAACUCGGGGGUCUAGCUGAUCGACCUGGAGACAUGGUAGAUGUCUUCCACACAGUCUUUGGCAUUGCCGGACUCAGCUUGCUCAAGUAUCCUGGCUUGGAAGAAGUUGACCCUGUGUAG